CGCCGAAAACGUACGUAUUUCCGGCCAGCUCAGCGUUGUGUACGGACUCCGGAGGAGUGUUGUGAAGCUGUAAUCCAGACACAGAUCUUUUCACAGCUGUUAACCGCUCCACUUACACCUGCUGUGUGUAAAUUUGACAUUACAGUAAAAUGGUGCUGCUGACAAUGAUCGCGCGGCUGGCGGAUGGAUUGCCGCUGGCCGCUUCAAUGCAGGAGGAUGAGCAGGGAAGUGAAAAGAUGGGUCGAGACCUCCAGCAAUAUCAAAGCCAGGCCAAACAGCUCUUUCGCAAACUAAAUGAACAGAGUCCCAAUCGAUGCACCUUAGAAGCUGGAUCAAUGGCUUUUCACUACGUCAUAGAGAAAGGCGUUUGCUAUCUGGUUCUCUGUGAGGCAGUGUUUCCUAAAAAGCUAGCCUUCGGUUAUCUGGAAGAUCUGCAGGCAGAGUUUCACGAACAACAUGGCAAGAAGGUGCCUACGGUCUCCAGGCCCUACUCUUUCAUAGAGUUUGAUACGUAUAUUCAGAAGACCAAAAAGUCAUAUAUCGACAGCAGAGCACGCAGGAACCUGAGCAAUAUCAACACAGAGCUACAGGAUGUGCAGAGAAUCAUGGUGGCCAACAUAGAAGAAGUUCUGCAGCGGGGAGAGGCCUUAUCUGCAUUGGACUCGAAGGCCAGCAACUUGUCCAGCCUGUCGAAGAAAUACAGAAGCGACGCUAAGUACCUGAACACUCGCUCCACGUACGCUAAGCUAGCUGCGGGUGGAGUCUUCUUCAUCAUGCUGAUCGUAUACAUACGCUUCUGGUGGCUGUGAGGCGUGACGGAAAUGCGGAGGGAAGAGGGGCUCUUGAGAGGGUUACAUGUGAAACGCAGACGGACUCUCAAAUGACGACAAGCUCGUGUUGUGUUUUAAAAGCCACAGACUGUCGGAUCCGGCUCUUUCCCUCCUAACAGGCCAUUGAAUCCCUAGCCUGAUCCUCACUGGUAUCUGUUUAAUGAACUAUACAGAAGUUAGUCCGCGCUUGCUUGGUGUUUGUGUGUGAGUGAAAGAGCGAGAGAGAAUGAAAGUGUGUUUUCUUGUUUGUCUUUGUGAAAUCCCUCCGUUCAUGAAAAUGUAUCUUAUAUACUGUAUAACAGUACCAUAGAUCAGCAGUGAAUCCUAAACCUAUGAAUUAAUGAUUCAUUAUGGUAAUUCAGUUUUGAAGUUUUAGCACAUUGUGGGUUGGAAAGAGGAGUUUGAGAGGCAGCUGCAUUAUUAAAGCUUUGGUACCCCAACUAUCAGCACAAAAUGUAUUGUACUGUUUGCCCAGUUAGUCCCCUAUCUAUAAACCACUUAUAAAAGAAUUCAACUCAUAUCUCUGAAAGCCUUAUGAAAUGGAGCGGUUUAUUAAGUCUUAGUUUGAAUUUGUUUCAAAUGUACAGUCAUGGAACUUUCGAUUGGUUCCUUGGUGCAAAAGUUGCCCAACAAACACCACUUGCACUGCAGUGAGAUUGCGGUCAUGUCCAGUUACUUAAUACAGACCAGAUCACUGAAACUAGUGUCAGGGGAGAGGGGUGGCUUGCCACUUUUUUUGAUUUGGGUCAGAUGUAAUCCAGCGUGGUUUAGAACUACAUAUAGUAUAUCUGGAUCUGAGGUCCUGACUAUUGCAUGGUUGUUGAUAUCUGACUUGGGUUACUACUACAGCUUUUUCUUUCAGAGUUUACACUAGUCUGUAUUGUACGUGCGUUGAAGAAUUAAACACAGUAUCCGACCAGGCGUCCAUGUACCAACCAGAUGUGGCUAAAAUGCUCAUCAGAAGAGCAUUUGUUCAGCUUACUAAACCAACACUAUAAAUAAAAUGAUUCAAACUCA